AUGGCAGAUGAUAUGCCCACAUUCAAAUGCGUGCUAGUCGGUGACGGUGGUACUGGCAAAACCACAUUCGUUAAAAGGCACUUGACUGGAGAGUUCGAGAAAAGAUACGUCGCUACGCUCGGAGUAGAGGUUCAUCCACUAGUGUUCCAUACAAACCGUGGCCCUAUUAGAUUUAACGUGUGGGACACAGCGGGUCAGGAGAAGUUCGGUGGUCUCCGCGAUGGUUAUUAUAUUCAAGGUCAAUGUGCCAUCAUCAUGUUCGAUGUAACCUCUCGUGUGACGUACAAAAAUGUUCCUAACUGGCACAGAGACUUGGUGAGGGUGUGCGAAGGUAUCCCGAUAGUGCUCUGUGGUAACAAAGUUGAUAUCAAGGACAGAAAAGUUAAAGCAAAAACUAUUGUCUUUCACCGGAAAAAGAAUCUUCAGUACUAUGACAUUUCCGCCAAGUCUAAUUACAACUUUGAGAAACCGUUCUUGUGGUUAGCAAGAAAGUUGAUUGGUGAUGGAAACCUUGAGUUUGUUGCCAUGCCUGCGCUUGUUCCUCCCGAAGUCACUAUGGAUCCCCAAUGGCAGAACCAAAUUGAAAAGGAUCUUAAAGAAGCCCAAGAUACAGCCUUACCUGAAGAAGAUGAAGACUUGUAA